GCGCUGAGCCGGGCGCUGCGGGGCCGCUGAGCGCGGGGAGCAGCGGCCGCGGCGGGGAGGGGGGUGGGGCGGGACGGCGCAGCCUCCGGUGCUGGCGCUGAGGGUCCGGGGCCCGCGCGCUGCCUUCUGCUCCUCUGCAGCCGACCGCAUAUUCCUCUUUUUCUUUUUUUCUUUCUUUCUUUCUUUUUUUUUUUUUAACCCUUACAAUUUUGAACAUUUUGCAAGACUGAGUCGGUGGGAGGCAGGUGAGAGCAUCCUGCCCUGGGCCGGGGGAGCCCGCGGCGCUCCGUGCGCUUUCCCGGGAGCGUCAGCACUGAGAAGCCCGAAAGUUUUUUGUUUUUUGUUAUUUUGAUAUUUGUAUGUUGAUAUAUUUACAAAGACAGGAGUGAUUUUUUCUUCUUCUUCUUCUUCUUCUUCUUCUUCCUUAUCUGCCUUGCUUUGAGAGCGAGUACUUUUUGGUUGGCAAAGGACGGAGGAGGGGAAAAAAAGCUCAUCAACGUUUCGGGACGGCGACCUGGCCUUCUUUUUAAAAAGACAGUUGAGUGCAUCACGAUGGAGAAAAUGUCCCGACAGCUCCCCCUGAACCCCACCUUUAUCCCGCCUCCCUACGGCGUGCUCAGGUCCCUGCUGGAGAACCCGCUGAAGCUCCCCCUUCAUCCCGAAGACGCAUUUAGCAAAGAUAAAGACAAAGGAAAGAAGCUGGAUGAUGAGAGCAACAGCCCGACAGUCCCCCAGUCGGCCUUCUUGGGACCCACCUUAUGGGACAAAACCCUUCCUUAUGACGGAGAUACUUUCCAGUUGGAAUACAUGGACCUGGAGGAAUUUCUGUCAGAGAAUGGCAUCCCCCCCAGCCCGUCGCAGCAUGACCACAGCCCUCACCCUCCUGGGUUGCAACCUGCUUCCUCCACAGCUCCCUCGGUUGUGGACCUCAGCAGCCGGGCCUCUGCACCCCUCCACCCUGGCAUCCCGUCUCCAAACUGUAUGCAGAGCCCCAUCAGACCAGGCCAGCUGUUGCCAGCAAACCGCAAUACACCGAGUCCCAUUGACCCUGACACCAUCCAGGUCCCGGUUGGGUAUGAACCAGAUCCAGCAGACCUUGCCCUCUCCAGCAUCCCAGGGCAGGAAAUGUUUGAUCCUCGCAAACGCAAGUUCUCGGAAGAAGAACUGAAGCCACAGCCCAUGAUUAAGAAAGCUCGCAAAGUCUUCAUUCCCGAUGAUUUGAAGCAGGAUGACAAGUACUGGGCGAGGCGCAGAAAGAACAAUAUGGCGGCCAAGCGCUCCCGUGAUGCCCGGCGGCUGAAGGAGAACCAGAUUGCAAUCCGGGCCUCGUUCCUGGAGAAAGAGAACUCGGCCCUCCGCCAGGAGGUGGCUGACUUAAGGAAGGAGCUGGGCAAAUGCAAGAACAUACUUGCCAAGUACGAGGCCAGGCAUGGGCCCCUGUAGGGUGGCAUUUUUGUGGGCUGGCUUUUGAAUAGAUGGACAGCUUGUUUCCUGUCUGGUAGCACCACACCCAAACCAACCUUUCUGACAUCAGCACUUUACCAGAGGCAUAAACGCAACUGACUCAUUUUGGUGUGCAUCUCUGUAUGUGAGUGUGUUUGUGUGUGUGUGUCUGUACACAUGCUUAUAGUCCCAUGUGUGGUCAGCGGUAUGUAUGUGUGUGUGUGUGUGUGUGUGUGUGUGUGUGUGUGUGUGUAUUCCUUCACACUUGCCAUUUUAAGAUAGUCCUCUUGUUGUCUUUUAGUUCUGAACAAGAAAGGUGCCAUGUUUUUAUUACACUCUGGGGACCCCUGUGGGGUUUCCUCCCCUCCCCUCUCCACUCCUGCCCCUUUCCGCCCCUUGCUUCAUGUCCUAGCCAUCUUACUUUGCCAGGGUCCGCGUGGCUUCAGGAGACAGGUCCCUGGUGAAGUGGUGGAUCUCAGUUAUCAAGAACAUAAGCUCUUGUUUCUGUUUCGAUUGCCGUGCUAAGAAGGUGCAUAGCCUACCCUAGCACCACAGCUGAAUUCCUUCAUAGGUUGCCCCCUCUCUCCUUCCCCCCCUCUCUCGCCGCCCCUUCUCAUUUUCCUUUCAGUUUUGGUGAUAAUUGUCUUCAAAUCUAAAGUGCUGUUUAGAUUUAGUAGAUCCCAUAUUUACUUACUGCUACCUACUAAGUUUCCUUUUAACUCCACCAACCCCAGAUAAGCAAGUACCAUUAUAGAACACAGAGUGUGUUUUGCACUGUCUGUACCUAAAGCAAUAAUCCUAGUGUACGCUAGAGCAUGCUGCCUGAGUAUUAACUAGUGGAUGUAGGAAAUUUUCCCUACCUAGGAAUUUCACUGUCUUUUAAAAAAAAUCAAAAUUAAAGUAAUGCAUUUGCGCAUGACCGGAACAUUCUCAGGACAGGGAAGCAGAGGGUAAUGGGGAGCCUAAGAAUGAGGGAUUAAUUUAUCAGUAUGUAAGCCAAAAAGAAAAAGAAAAAGAAAAAAAAAAAAAAGCAUCUUGGUGAAGGCUUUGCCAUGGGUGUGCUUCUUCGUGCUGUCUCCCUUCCCUACACCCAGCCACGCCCACUUUUCUAGUUAACUUUUUCCAUCUCCCUCUUGAUAUUCAAAAUGGUUCAGUUACUUAAGAUUCAGUUCACCUACUUUUUUUUUUGUAAUAUGUGUUUUGGGGACGACAUUUUGCUGUUUUUAGAAAUCAGUUAAUUAAGUUAAAAGGUUGAUGUUUUGUAAAGCCCUCCCUCCCCCCCCCCCCUUGCCCCUUGUGGUGUCCUUUUCUGAAUGCCUCUCAAAUUUAUGAUUCUGUGUUUCUUAUCCCCUAUUUUGCUUUCGAACGUAUGUGCGCCUAUCAAGUGGACUUCUGAAAAAUGAAUGUAAAAGACACUGGUGUAUCUCGGAAGGGGAUGGUGUUGUCACAAACUGUGGUUUAUCCAAUCAAUUUAAAUGUUUACUAUAGACCAAAAGGAGAGAUUAUUAAAUUGUUUAAUGUUUAUACAGAGUAAUUAUAGGAAGUUCUUUUUUUGUACAGUAUUUUUCAGAUAUAAAUACUGACAAUGUAUUUUGGAAGACAUAUAUUAUAUAUAGAAAAGAGAAAAAAAGGAAAACUAUUCCAUGUUUUAAAAUUAUAUAGCAAAGAUAUAUAUUCACCAAUGCUGUUCGGAGGAGUGCUUGGGGGUUUUUUGAAGUCUUUAAUAUUUUAAACCUAUUACUGACACAUCAGCAUGUUUUCUGCUUAGAAUUAAAAUUUUAUGACAAUAUUGAGGCUUGCUGUGACGAAUCCUGCUCCAGCCCUUUCUUGUUUCUUAUUAGGUCUCGGGAGGAAGUCAGUUAACGUCACCCAAAAGCACAAAAUGGGUUUUAGUCAAAUAUUUAUUGGAUGAUACAGUGUUUUUUAGGAAAAGCAUCUGCCACAUAAAUGUUCGCUUUGGAGUUCUGAGUUGCCGGCAUGGAGUGUUAUUGCCCCAAACGAUUUUGUUCUCUUUCGGCCUGUACAUCUCAUGCAGUGUAAGGUUGACCUCGGUGCUAUGUGUAUGGCUUAUAAUUUGAUAGAUGUUUUGACUUUAAAGAUGGUUCUUUUGUUUCACUGAGUUGUAUAAUGUCGAGAGAGUCUGCUGUUUCUUCAAAGGCACAUUUUGUGCUCGAUUAAAAUCCCCUUUCAUCCAUGGAUGUUUUCCGGUCUCCUGCCUCCACAGUACCUGAAUUCUCUGCGGAUCCGGUGAUACCCUUCUCAUUCCAUCAGCUGCACUACGGUCUAGUGUCACAGUUCUGGAAAAUGAGACCUGUAGGAUUUCUUCCCAGGUGCCUGUUUUGUUUCAAGCCUUAGAUAAUGGCAGGGUAGGAGAGGGUAUGAGACUUGAAAUAAAUUUUCCAAGUAAACUACUAAUAAAAAAAAUGCUUCAACAAUCUUACAUAGAACUGAAUAAGAGAUGACUCAGUAAUAGCCAUGGGAUGACAAAGAGUUGGUCUUUUUGAAGAUAAAAAAGUAGCUGCAGAACUGUUCAAUGACGGUGUUCCCCAGAGCAAAGAUGAGUAUAUGUGACCUUAGGUAGAGAAGUGUUGACGUGUUGCACCGAUGAACCAUCCAGAUUCGUGGAACUAUCAAGUAGUAGUUGUCAGAAAAACAUACCUGGUCUUUUUUGGAAUCGUUUUCCAUCAAAUGAAUACCACACAUGUUUUCUGCAGAAGACAUUAAAAAAAAAUCAUAAUAAAAACUUACAUUCUUUUGUAUUCCGGGAAAGGUUUUAGAAACCUACCUCAUUAAAAACAAAACAAGACAAAACAAAACAACAACAACAAAAUCAACACUUUGGAAUCUCCACAGGUGCCUUAUCCAUGGUUAAUUAUCGACCCCCUCCCCCAGGCUGACUUCUAUUAGUCUGUGGACGUUAAGUAGAUGAGGCCUGAGAAGCUAGGACCCAGGGUCAGGUGACUGCAGCAGACCACAGCCGUUAGGAAGUCCGGUUGUCAACUGUUACCAUUUCAAUGUAGGCAUCUUCCCAUGACUAAUUAUUUGGCCACUAAAAGUGCAUCCAAGCUAUAGCAUGCCCUGUCAUUUAGACACAAUGUGGAAUGAGCAGCAUUGCAACUUUCCGACUAGGUCAUGUCAUCUCGUUUUUCAACAAUAUUUUCAAAGAAAUUAAAAAUAUAAAUGAAUCCGUGUAUCUCUCUGCUGAUGCUACCUUAAGGGGAUGGGAGGGCUAUAAAUGACAAUGUUCAACUCUAGAGGAAGCGGUGCUUUGAGCCAUUCACAAACACAUCAGGCAUGGCCGGGCUAGGCCUUUGUCUCUAAAUAUAACAGGCCCUUAAGGAACCAUCCAUUGAAGCAGAAGGACCCUGCAUUUGAGAAGGGCGUGAUGGGAUUCAGUCACUGGGUGAGUGGAAAGCCAAUAAAAGAACCCAGAGGUUCCUUCUAACCCACUAGCCUCGUGUGGAAAUCUACAUUAAUUCUAAAUGGACCGUUGAAAGGGCUGUAGCCUUGAGUUUGGAAGAGCUGUGCAGAGCUGUAGGCGGCAACUUCCCUCCUGCCCAAAGGUGAAUCAACUGACGUUGUGUACAAUACAAGUUACACUUCGAUCUUUCUAAGGGUUCGUCUGUUUCUGCCCUUAUUGUUUCUUUUAGAAAAACUCAAACUUUGUCAGAGUUAAAUAGCAAGGUGCCCCAGCAGGGUCUGGGCUGUAUGUGGCCUAUCUCCACAGGCCAGGGUUUAACGUUGGGAUUGGUUCCCUAUCGGUGACCGAGGUGGGAUGCCCUCCUGUGGUAGGUACCUUCUGCUCUGGCUCUGACUGUAUUUGCUUCCUGCCGAGGGCUCCUGAAUGCAUUUCUGUGGCGAAGCCAAAUUCAGCUCCAGGGGUUUGGUAAAAUCAGUGUCAUUAACAAAUGAGCGAAACGUGUAGGUCUUGACCGACUGAAUUUUUAGUAACUACAGUCAAUGCGUUUUGCCAAAAUGUGUACAGGGGAAUGUGUGUUUGUGUAUGGAUGUUUAAAUGGAGACAUAAAAUCUGUAAUUGUUUAGCACCUCACGAGACAUGACAAUUAGCUAUUAUCCUUUCGGCAACACCACAAAGAUUGCAUCUGUUAAAUAGGUUCAAGUUAACGGGAGGUGAGUGUAAUUGUAUACCUUGAUACUGGUGGUAUUUAUGCUGUCAAGUCUGAAAUUUUAUUUGUUCUUCUAAAUGUUUAAUAAAUUGAUUUUUUCCUUUU